AUGACCUAUUCCAACCGCAGCCCUUUCAAAUAAGCCCCAGGCCCGUCAUACAACCCAUCAUACUCCGGAACUGAUCGGCGAGACGACCUGGAUGUACACGCAGCGAUGGGCAUCAUAAAUACCCUGCCUUUCUGCGUCUGCUCCCACCACCUCCAACGCACCGGCCAGUAGAGCGGAUGGAACCCUUCAACCAGCGUGCAUGGACUUGCCGUACAUCUACACCAUCUUCCACAACUCCAAUGGAGCCCCGAAGUCCGGUCUGCUCUGGCACUCGGUCGCCCAGCUCGGAGCAGACACGCUCGACGCCCUGGGCUCGGUAGUGCAGAAGCUGCAGAAUGAGCGACUGGCACGGCGCACGAGACUGCUGCAGCAGCUUGCCGAUGCAACUUCCUGGGCUGCGUAUAGCGACACUUGCGCAGAGCUUGACGAACUCGAAGGCGCGGCGGUGUGGAAGGAACAGGAGCCAUCCGAGUACUACGACGUAGGAUGUCUGCGCGGCAGGCUGAAGCGGCUUGCCCUGGCCAGCGAACAGGACGAUCUGGCGGAAAUGCUGCACAUUAUCCGUGGCGAGCUUACGCGCGAUCUCGGGGGCGUGUGCAAUCCUGCACUUCAUCGUCAUACUCGUGCGGGGACCAAGUUCCUCAUCGAUCACUACAUUGCUACUGUGCGUCAAGCACUUGCCCGGAUCGUCGAUGCUUGCGCUCUUGGUGACCCGAGGCUACGGGAAUUGGAUGUCGAACUCGAGCUGGAGCAGACCAGACGGUCGUACGGACGCACGGCGCUGCUUCUGUCCGGAGGUGGCACGCUGGGAAUGUCACAUAUUGGAGUCAUCAAAGCCCUGCAUGAAGCAAAGGCUCUCCCACGAAUCAUCUCGGGCUCGUCUUCGGGAUCGAUUGUGGCUGCUGUUCUGGGCUGCACCCCAGAUGAGGACCUGGUAGGCAAGCUCUAUGACUUCUGCAACGGCGAUCUCGCGGUAUUUGUUGGUCCACAUGAGAGACAAGGCUGGGGAGGGCGCGUGCUGCACUUUGGCGCGAACGGCUAUUUCUUCGAAUUGGGCAAUCUCCGCAGAGUCAUGGUUGAUCUCCUCGGCAAGACUACUUUUCUCGAGGCCUACAACCGCACCCGCCGCGUCUUGAACAUCACCGUGUCCAACUCUUCAAGUUUCGAAUCGCAAGGCGUCCUCAACUACGCCACGGCGGGAAAUGUGGCUAUUUGGUCUGCGGUCGUCGCCUCUUGCGCCGUUCCUCUUGGCUUUGAGCCGGAACGCUUGCUGUUCAAGUGUGACGGCGAGCGACAAGACCUCACCCCGUGGGAUCCAACCACCAAGUACGUCGACGGCUCCAUUAACGGCGACUUGCCCACUAGCAUACUCUCUGCUGAGUUUGACGUGAACCACACCAUUGCCUCCCAGGUCAAUCCACACGUGGUUCCAUUCUUAAAUUACAGCACGACACCGGCGAAAGCCGAGAACACGCCCUACUGGAUCAGCGCGGUGAGUUUGGCGCACGAAGAAGCCAUUCGAUCCAUGGACAUCCUCUCCGGCCUUCCGUGUUUACAGCGAAAAAGCAAUCUUCUGAGCAAGGUGACCUCUGUCCUUUCGCAGAGGUACUCGGGCGAUAUCACGUUGUAUCCUGUCGAUGGAGUGGCGCGCUUCUGGAAGAUCAUGAAGAACCCCACGCCGCGAUUCAUGCAAGAUGCGACGGAGCGGGGGGAGAAGGCGACCUGGCCGGUGCUGAGUAUGAUCAAGGCGCACAUGGACAUUGAGUUGCUGAUUGAUGAUGCGGUGCGGAAGGUGUCGGAGCACGUGUCGUUCAGCCAGAGUGUGAGCGAUCUGCGCCGGUUGCAGUACAAGGGGAGGGCGGGAAGUCAGCCAAGGGGCGGGCGCGUGAGGAACGGCGAGCCAAGAGGAAGCACGCUCUUCCAGCUUCCGAGAGAUGUCUCGCCCGCGGACUCGGUCACAGUUGUAGCUGGUGACGGCGUCUCCAUCUCACCAGCCUCAACUCCUGAGGCUCAUGACUCCGACGAAGACAGCAUGGACGAUGAGGCCCAGGCUCAAUCGAAAGCGGCAUACACAAAGACAAGCUGGAACGGCUCGCAGUUCAAUCUGUCAGCCUCGCAAUCCCUGCCCAAUACGCCGAUCGGAAUCAGGCACAACCCGCUUGACAACCCGGGGCCCAGCUCUCCGGCUCGAGCCCCCGCGUCGCUGCUCAUGACGCCUAUCGUCUCUCCCGAAACUUCGCCAAAAGCAUCCCGCGUCAAUCUCAGGAUUGAUCUGAAUGCGCGGCGGAGAGCGGACACACUGCCGCCGACACGGGACAUGUCGCCGGCUGAGCGGCGAAAGCCGACAUAGCGUAGAGGGAGUGUGAAUUUGCACUGGACCACGCAAUGAACAUAGAAACGAGGCACGAUUCCCCAAACGAUGAUAUAUACCACCAACUCGCAAGAUUUACAAGACACCCAUCUCAUACACAAUCCCCCCUCCUAACUCGUCCCCCAC